AUAGCCGCAAUUUUACAAUAACAUUCCAAUCCUAAACCACAAACCCUCCCACAUUAGGGUUUUUAGGGUUUGUCUUUUCUCUGUUCUUCCCCAAAUCUCAGAGACUCAUUUCCCUCUAGCUUCUACUUGGUUGACGUUCCAUUGUAUUUCUUCACGUUUUGGUUAAAGCCCAUGUUAAGAUAGCGAAAUCUGGAUAUGAUCAUGGAAGCUGGGGUUGGGGUGGUCGUUGAAGGAGGGCAGAGAGCUCUGAAAUCCGCACACGGAACCGUGGUGGAUGCAGGUACGAGAAAGUUUUUGCAGCACCAGCAACAACACGACCAUUCAAAACCGUCUCUGGGUCCACAGCAGUCGCAGCUGGGGACUCUGAGCCAGCUCUUAGCUGGUGGUAUUGCCGGCGCCUUUAGCAAGACCUGUACGGCGCCUCUUGCUCGCCUCACUAUCUUAUUUCAGGUGCAAGGCAUGCAUUCUGAUGUGGCAACAUUGAGUAAAGCUUGCAUUUGGCGUGAGGCUUCACGCAUUAUUAAUGAAGAAGGGUUCAGAGCAUUUUGGAAGGGCAACUUGGUUACCAUCGCUCAUCGUCUUCCUUAUUCUUCAGUGAACUUUUAUGCCUAUGAACAUUACAAGAGUUGGUUGCAAUCAUUUCUUGGCCAGGUAAAUCAAAGGGGUAGCACAAGUGCUGAUGUCCUUGUGCCCUUUGUAGGUGGUGGGUUGGCUGGAAUAACUGCUGCCUCUGCCACAUACCCCCUGGACCUCGUAAGGACACGUCUUGCAGCACAGAGAAGUACAAUAUACUACAGAGGUGUUUGGCAUGCUUUCCACACAAUAUGCAGAGAAGAGGGGUUUUUAGGAUUGUAUAAAGGACUUGGAGCAACAUUAUUGGGUGUUGGACCCAGUAUAGCAAUAAGUUUUUCUGUUUUUGAGUCACUGAAAUCCUCUUGGCAGUCUGAAAGGCCCAAUGACUCCACUGCCAUGGUUAGUCUUGCAUGUGGGAGCCUUUCAGGCAUUGCAUCAUCAACAGCAACAUUUCCCAUUGAUCUUGUGAGGAGAAGGAUGCAAUUGGAAGGGGCUGCUGGUCGAGCCCGUGUCUAUAACUGUGGAAUAUUGGGCACUUUCAGGCAUAUAAUCCAGAGUGAAGGUUUUCGAGGGUUGUAUAGAGGAAUUUUGCCUGAAUAUUACAAGGUGGUUCCAGGUGUAGGCAUUGUCUUCAUGACUUACGAGACAUUGAAGAUGCUUCUAUCAGGCAUCCCUACCAGUUAACAUCUACAUUUCAGCUUGCUGCGUUAUGCUACUUAUAUAUUGGUCCCAUCAAGUUUGUGAUUAAGCUUUCAUCAGCAAAAGGGAAACCAAACAAAGAAAUGAAAAAAAGAAAGGCCAAGUAGUCAUUUAAAGAUAGGAUGUAGGUAAAAAGAAAUGUUCCUUCAUUGCUAUUGUUCGACCUUCCAUGGUGGUAAAUUUUGUCGUUUCCUGCCAUCAGAUUUUUGUCUGUAUAGGUGGUUAGCACAGUGAGAUUGACAAUUUCAUUCAGUUCUAAUAUACUAGUCCUUAGUACUAUCAUUUCUUGUUGAUAUUGUGAUUUAAACAGUUCUGUUCUUUAACUAGUUACCAGCCUCCAUGCAGGUUAAGCUGGCUGCCCCCCUUCAGUUCCUCUGAAUGUUUGGCUUUAUAUUAAGUAACAAAAGAUCUUGUUCUGCUAGAGCUUUGUUUGAUCUUUGUUCAUUGUUAUUUAUGUAGAGAUAAAGAAAUUGUACAAGGACUUGAGUGUCCUGUGCACAUCAUAUUGUUUAGAGCCUGGUUGGCCUAGUUGAACUUUUGUACAAAUAUUGGAUUACUACUUGCUACAUAGAACAAGUUCUUUAUGAUUUCUUCUGAUGGUCCUGAUGGAUGCCUUCCAUGAAAUUUUAUG